CGAAAUUAUACUUGAGCUCUUACGAAUAAUUUUUUUUUUUUAAUCGAGAACGACUGGGCUCGCUUACACCCUACCUCCCACCAAAUUCGGCUUUGUCGUUCCCACGAACACCAACAACUGAAUGGGGAAGCUCGUCCCCAUCAAACCCUAACCCUAUCCCCAAUUCCUCCGCUACAUCAGUCGAUCUUGAUCGGAUCUCUCGGAUCCUCCUCCUCCUCUCCCCUCAUGGAUUCUCCCCCGAUCCUAUUCCUCCUGCUCUUCCUCCUCGCCGGCGCUGCUGCCUCUUCCGCCGACGACUGCGGAGCCCGCAACAUCACGAUCGCUGGCUUCGAGGCCGACCUCGCCAUGGUGCAGCACCAGGUCCGCGGCGUCGUCCGGAUCGUCGACGCCUGCUCCUUCUCCGUCCGCGGCUUCGACAUGCUCGCCGGCUCCGGCCAGGUCCGGUGGAGGGGCGCUGCCGGGGACGACUUCGUUAAUCUCACUCUCGGGUCUCCGAUCUCCGACAUGUACCUCAACCGCACCUACCGCAACGAGUCGCUCACCGUCAGGCUGUCCAGCAACGUCUCCUGGGACCAGAUCUCGGUCCUCGCCAUUUGGGAUGAAUCCACUGCCUCGGAUUUCGGCCAUGUCGCCCUUGUGAAUGUCUCCGCAAAUGAGACCGACUCCGACUUGGCCCCAAGCCCGGACCUUUCCCCGGCCCCUGCGCCAGCUCCUGGUUCUCCUGUCGAGAUGAUGAAGAACAAGAGCCAGAUCCACCGCCAGCCGACCAUGUUCGACAACUGCCUAACGUUAUCCCCCAGAUUUAGACUUCGGUGGACGCUGCACCCUGAAUUGGACUCCGUCGAGAUCGGUCUGGAAGCAGCUGUUGGCUCGGAAUACUAUAUGAGCUUUGGGUGGGCGAAGCCUAGCUCGCCAUCGCAUAUGCUCAAUGCAGAUGUUACGGUCACUGGAUUUACUGAAGAAGGUAUUCCUUUUGCUGAAGAUUACUAUAUUACGCAAUUUAGCGAGUGCCUUCUUAGCAAGGAUGGCAAGGUUGAAGGUGUUUGCCCUGAUACAAUCUAUGAAGGAUCGGAUCCAGUUGGGCUUGUUAACAAUACUGAGUUGAUUUAUGGUCACCGGAGAGAUGGGGUGGCCUUUGUCCGGUACAAGCGCCCCCUAGCCUCUGUAGACGUGAAGUAUGAUGUGCCAGUGAAUAUCACAGGGAACAUGACUGUGAUUUGGGCGUUAGGUCUGUUGAGGCCACCGGAUUCCCUCAGACCUUACUAUCUUCCUCAGAAUCAUGGUGGUCCACAAGAAACAGCUUACAAUUAUCUCCUACUGAAUUUAUCUAAGGAGGUGGACGAUUGCUUUGGACCUCUAGAUGCUGAAGAUAAGGAAGAUCAAGAUCUUAUCAUCGCUGAUGCAAAAACACCGCUUGUUGUUACGUCAGGAUCAGCAUUGCAUUACCCAAAUCCUCCGAAUCCUUCGAAAGUGCUUUAUAUCAACAAGAAGGAAGUUCCAUUGCUGAGAGUAGAAAGGGGUGUGCCAGUUACUUUCUCAAUCCAAGCCGGCCAUGAUGUGGCUCUUUACAUCACUUCCAAUCCUAUUGGUGGUAAUGCAACACUGCAUAAUAUGACUGAGGUUAUCUAUGCUGGUGGGCCUCAGUUUGAGGGUGUCCCAGCCAGUCCAACCGAGUUGAAAUGGGCACCUGAUCGAAAUACACCAGAUCAAGUUUACUACCACUCUUUGUUUGAGCAGAAAAUGGGCUGGAAAGUUCAGGUAGUUGAUGGUGGUAUUUCAGACAUGUAUAAUAACAAUGUUCUAUUAGAUGAUCAACAGGUUUCCUUUUUCUGGACUUUAUCUAAAGGCUCAAUAUCUGUUGCUGCUCGUGGUGAGAAGAAAAGUGGAUAUGUUGCGAUUGGAUUUGGAAGCGGAAUGAUGAACAGCUAUGUGUAUGUUGGUUGGGUUGAAUCCAAUGGCACAGGCCAUGUAAACACUUAUUGGAUUGAUGGAAAAAAUGCAAUGGGUGUGCACCCAACAUCCGAAAAUUUGACCUUCGUCAGGUGCAGUCAAGAAAAUGGAAUAAUAACAUUUGAGUUCACUCGUCCUCUAUCUCCUUCAUGUAAUGGAAAGAUAGAGUGCAAGAAUAUCAUCGAUCCAACUACUCCUUUAAAAGUUAUUUGGGCUAUGGGUGCCCGUUGGUCAGAGGAUAAUCUAAGUGAAAAGAAUAUGCAUUCUGCUACAAGCAAUCGGCCAGUCAGAGUUCUUUUGUUGAGAGGGUCUGCCGAGGCAGAGCAAGAUCUGCGUCCUGUUUUGGCUGUUCAUGGCUUCAUGAUGUUUGUGGCUUGGGGCAUCCUGCUUCCUGGGGGAAUAUUGGCUGCAAGAUACUUGAAGCAGAUAAAGGGUGAUGGCUGGUACCAGUUACAUGUCUAUUUGCAGUACUCAGGAAUCGCUAUUAUGUUACUUGGUCUUCUAUUUGCAGCUGCUGAGCUUCGUGGUUUUUAUUUAAGUAUAGUGCAUGUGAAAUUCGGUGUAGCUGCAAUCAUCUUGGCAUGUGCCCAGCCAUUAAAUGCAUAUCUACGCCCCCCAAAACCAGCAGAUGAAGAGAUAGUGUCUUCCAAGAGGAUAAUCUGGGAAUACUGUCAUGUAAUCACAGGGAGGUCUGCUGUUGUAGUCGGAGUUGCUGCACUAAUCAGUGGAAUGAAGCAUUUGGCGCAUCGAUACGGCAGCGAAAAUGUUCAAGGUCUUACUUGGGCAUUAAUAUUAUGGGUUUUGGCACUUGCAAUUUUAGUUAUGUACUUGGAGUAUUCCAAGGUUAAGCAAAGACAAAAUGAUAGGAGCUCUUUAAGAGGUGAGUGGGUGCUGGGAAACAGUGAUGAAGAUGAUUCAGUAGAUUUAUUGCAUCGCGACAGAACUGCUACUAAAUCAGAACGCCAAUCAUCCUUAACAAUGGAAGUGCAACUUGAAUCUCUUAGCAGAUAGAAUGCAAUUUUAUACACGAAAAACACAAAAUACUUGAGCCAUGAUUUUUAAUGUAUAGAGAGAAGAGGGGGCCAUGGUGAUUAUAACCUUGCGUGAGAUGAUUCAUUUUAUGUAAAGACAUCUUGCCACAGCUUACCGAACAGGUUAGAAAUGAUUAUUUACUUUUCCUUAUAUUGCUGUUAGACUGAUUCAUUUUAUGUAUGCAAUGUGAGACUGAUUCAUGCUUGUAUACAAAUUUUGAAAGGAUACCGGCACCUGAGUAAAAUGUGUUUUUUUGCUCAUGGUGCUUCUUUGUCACUUCAUCAA